UUCUGCUGUGAAAUUAUUGAUCUUUCUGCCAUGGAAGGGAUCUCCAUUUUCAGCUACUUAGCUCUCCUCCUUUCCAUCUUCCUCCUAACCAAACAGUUGGUAACCAACGGCAAGAACAAGAAGAAGAAACUUCCUCCAAGCCCUCCCAAUUCCCUUCCCAUCCUCGGCCACCUCCACCUCCUCCAAAAACCGCUCCAUCAAUCCCUUGCACGUCUCUCGGCCCAACACGGCCCAAUUCUCCUCCUUCACUUCGGCAACCGCCCAGUCCUCGUCGUCUCCUCCGCCUCCCUCGCUGAAGAAUGCUUCACCACCAACGACCUCUCCUUCGCCGACCGCCCCAAAUUUCCCUCCUCCCGCGCCUCCACCUACAACUACUCCAGCAUAGCAUCCGCCUCCUAUGGCCCUCUGUGGCGCGAUAUGCGCCGCAUAGCCACCGUCGAAAUCCUUUCAGGGCACCGCCUCGCCUUCUUCUCAGAUGUCCGGGCAGACGAGGCCCGAGCCUUAGCUCGUCGACUCUUUCGUGAUUCCACUCAUGCAGAUUUCACGAGGGUGGAGCUCAAGUCGAGGCUUUUUGGUCUGGCCAUGAACGUGAUGAUGAAGAUGAUGGUCGGAAAGCGAUACUAUGGUGAAGAGUUUGACGAUGGGGAGGCGCGGCGCUUCAGAGAGAUAGUCCAAGAGGGUUUCACUCUUAGCGGUGUUUCAAACAUUGGAGACUUCCUUCCUAUAUUGGUUGGGUGGUUUGCUCGACGAAGAACGUGGAGUAAGCUCGCUCGGAUUCAUGGUUACAAGGAUGAUUUUAUGCAGGCACUUCUAGAUGAGUGUAGGAGAAACAUGAAGGUGGAAGAAGAAGAAGUAGGAAAGUUAUCAAAGGAAGAUCAAAGGAAUCAUAGAACAAUGAUAGAAUCUCUCUUAUCACUCCAGAGAACCUAUCCCGAACAAUAUGAUGAUCGUUUCAUCAAGGCUCUUACUACGAAUUUGUUAGCAGCAGGAACAGAUACUUCAUCAAACACUAUAGAAUGGGCAAUGUCUCUCCUACUAAACAAUCCUACAAAACUUGCAAGGCUUGGGGAAGAAAUUGAUGAGAAAUUAGAGAAUGGUCGCCUACUUGAAGAGUCAGAUCUCGACAAACUUCCAUAUCUCCACUGUGUCAUCAACGAGACGCUUCGAAUGUAUCCAGGAGGUCCCCUUCUUGCACCUCAUCAGUCAUUAGAAGAUUGCAUGGUAGGAGGCUAUAAUAUACCGAGGGGAACGAUGCUUUUGGUGAAUGCUUAUAUGAUUCAAAGGGAACCUUUGAAAUGGCCGGAGCCGACAAAGUUUCUUCCAGAAAGGUUUCUUCAAAACAACAAAGUUGAAGGAGGGAAGAUGAUUCCUUUCGGAAUGGGGAGAAGAAGAUGCCCGGGGGAAGGACUUGCCAUGAGAGAGGUGGGCUUGGUUUUGGGUACUUUGAUUCAAUGUUUUGAGUGGAGAAGGAUUGGAUCGGAGGAGGUGGACAUGAAGGAAGGCUCGGGCAUCACAAUGCCUAAAGCAAUUCCUCUCGAAGCCUUAUGCAGGCCACGCAAGGCCAUGAUUUCUACUCUGUCUCAACUUUAGGAAGAAAUAUUAAGUCCGAAGUGUGAAUGUAGAAUUAUGUCCAAACUCUAAUUAAUUUUUUUUGCGUGAGUGAAUUCGAUUUAAAAUAUUAUUUUCUCUUCUGAAAAUGUGUGAAGCC